AUGGCACAACCACUAACUCAAUUCUGUUCCAGAGACGUGUGUGCCAUAAAACUCCUCAGAACACAAAACUCAAAUCUACCGGAGAUAGUCCUGGCGUCCACCUACAUGGCGGCCGAGGACGAACCACCUCCAGUGGAGAUGAACAACCUCAUACGCUACUGCGAACGAGAAAGGCUCGAGCUGGUCAUAUCUGCAGACUGCAACGGCCAUCACAACCUAUGGGGAAUGGAAACCAACAACAAAAGAGGACUGGCAGCUCAACACAUAUCCAACUGGCACGUGUCGGACGAGCUAUCCUGCUCCGACCACAGAUGGAUUCGGUACGACCUAACAGCCGACACACAGACACCCACACCUAGAAGAAACCCGAGACGCACGGACAUACCGGCGUACAAGGAACUUCUGGAAGGUAAACUAGACAAUAACACACACACAGACAGACCUAGCAACACAAAGGAGUUGGAGGAACAGGUAAACUUACUUAUUAAGAACAUUACCGAUAGCUACGAAAACACAUGUCCACUAUCGACCUCAUCAGCUAGAGGGAAAAGCAGUAACAACAACAGCUGGUGGGGACCGGAGUUGGACCGAAUGAGAACAAAAAUGAGAAGGUUACUUAACAGAGCAAUGAACACAAGAGCUGAAGAGGACUGGGAUAAGUACAAAACAGCUAAAACAGACUAUAAGAAAAGACUGAGAUACAGAAAAUCAGCCACAUGGCGGAAUUUCUGCGAUAACAUAUCCACUGUAACACAGGCAAACAGAACAAGGAAAAUCCUUGCAGACCAACCAAGGCAAAUACUGGGCACCCUGAGGAGACAGGAUAAUAGCACCACCAGUAGCCCAGCAGAGACAGAAAGGCUACUGGUUGAGACCCACUUCCCAGGAUGCAAGGUAGUAAAUGAGCAAGACCCGGAACAACACAUAACGAACUACAAUCCAACUGAAAGAGAAUGGAAGACAGCAGAACGCAUAACAGAACAUAGCAAAACGACCUGGGCGAAAUGGAGGGAAGUGAAAGUGAUUUUCCUACCAAAACCAGGAAAAACCGAUUAUUCGGAUCCUAAGUCUUUCAGACCAAUCAGCCUAACGUCCUUCAUGCUAAAAACACUAGAAAGAUUAUGUGACAGAGAACUGAAGGACACGGCUCUAAAAAACAUAGCAAUCCAUCCAAACCAACACGCCUACAGUCAAGCUGUAGCUGUGGUAGCUGCAGCUGGCCUCAGCCAAGCCUCAGCUGGGUGCAAGGUGGCAUGA